UCUCACAGAACAGGACGUAAAGCUCGAACGACUUGGAAAUCCCAGACAUACGCGGGGACUGGAAGAAGAAUUUAAGAACUUAAGAGGAACUGAACUGAAGACACUGAAGAAACUUGUCUGGCAGGAUUUUUUUUCUUUUUCUUUCUUUGCUUGUUGGUAGGGCGAGACUUUGUUUGCGAAGGUUUUUCUUCGUGAGUUUAGAAAAGAAUACUUUGUACGUUCCCCGGCAAGUGUAUUUGACCGUUCAAAUGGCAAACGCCAGUGUGCCCACUUACCAACUCAUCGAAGACUGCGAAGCCACAAACAAGGCACUGUAUAAAUGCUAUGCAGCUGUCAUGAUUGUGAUUUUCAUCUUGGCUUUGCCUCUGAACAUAUCUGUCCUCCACCUUUUUAUAUUCAAGCUGAAGUUCUGGAAAUCCAAAAGCAAUAACAUCUUCCUUUUCAACCUGGUGCUGGCUGACAUUCUGCUGCUCUUCUGUUUGCCCAUAAAGGCACAUAACUUCAUCCACGGAGAGAGGAGGAGUGGGAACGAAACGGUCUGCAAAGCCAUGCUCUUCAUGUUGUUUUUAAACCGAGGAGCCAGCAUCGCCUUCCUAACAGUGACUUCCAUCGAUCGAUAUUUUAACGUGGUGCACCCCAGUCGAAAGAAUCUUCUGAGAGCCCUCAAGAAAUCCCCUCAGAUCUCUGUCCUCAUCUGGCUGCUGCUUCUGCCUCUCACCAUUCCCACCAUGCUCAGGAACUUUGACUGCUGCAACAGCCACAAAACCGACACAGACAACAUGGAUCCUACCAGGAUGAAGGUAAUGUCUGUAUACUGAAUGUCUAAACUGUGAUUCUAGAUCUGUUUUCCACAGUGCAUGAGAUGAGUGAAACGAGAAGAAACGACAAAGCAUUUAUGCAACGAAUGAUUCAUCCCUCACCGUUUGUUUGUUUUUUUUGAAGAUUAUUUUGUAAGGGCUUGUACAUGACAGUUGUUUUUCCCAACUUGAACGCUUUCAGUGAUGACCAUGUGGCAACACAGUGCUGAGCGAGCAAGUUUUUUUGUGUCACUGAUGAUGUGUGAGGUGGCAUCAUCCUCGUUUGUGCAAUACACUGUUUACACAAGAUAGACGCAGUUAUUUUGUGCAAACACUUACUCAGCCUGAAGUAAGAGAGAGCAUAAUGAAGUCGAAAACAGUAAAAUGGUUGAAUUUAUGUGAUUGAGGGGGACGAAAAGCCUGAUCAGA